GACGCCGUGCUGACGAAAGUGUGCGGGACCAGCUGUCACGGCGCGCGAAAGAUCAAAAUUUUCAUUCGGCGGGAGGGAGACAAACCGUCCAAGUAAGCGGAGUCUAAAUGUUUGCCCAAACACCGAAAUAGCGUUUUGUCACGCAGACUUCGGGAUCGUAACGUCUGUUUGUGGCUGCCACCUUUCAACGAAGCGUCGCUUUAUUCCGCCCAAGGACGUAAACGAGGCUGCGUGUGGAGAUGAGCUUCGUCCUCGCUCAACAACAGGUGGAGCAGCUCCCAGCCGUUAUUCAGACUGCAGCAGAAAGCGACUCAGACAGCGGGAUGGGCUCACCGGUGCUGGAUGUGAAUGCAGAGAGCGUGGACGGUAAAGCACAGCUUCAAGAUUCAGACGAGGACGAAGCGGUCGCCGCCCACAGGAAGCCUCGCCGCAACGCCAUCAGAGACAGCGACAGCGAGGACGAGCAGGCCGAGAACGGCGGGAUGGCGGCCGAGGCGCUAGCUGCCUCCAGCGGGGAGGUGGGAGAGGAGGAAGAAGAGGAGGAGGGGAGGAAGGUGACCGGCCUGCAGAAGAGCAGAAGGAUCAGCCGCCCUCCCGUCGACAGCGACGACAGUGAGCCUGAACAGGAGAGGAGUCAAGAGACGGAGGAGGCGAAGAAGAAGAGGGAGAAGAGUCGGAGGCGUCGAGACAGAAGGGACAAAGCCAGCAAGGCCGUGGAGAAACUGAAGAGGAGAGAAAGGCCGUCUGAACUGAGCGAGGACUCGUCGGCUCCUCGACCUCUGGACGACAGCGGCUGUCUGCUGGGCGACCCCGACCUCUUCGACACGGGGCUGGGCGAUGAAGACGAGGAGGAGGAGGAGGAGUCUCUGGAUGCAAUCCGAGCUGCCAUCAAGAACAAGAUGAAGAAACAUCAGGACCCCCUGCUGGGCGACGACGAGCUGAACGACGGCGAAGAGGCUCCCGAGAAACCGCAGCGUGUGGAGCGAAAAGCCGCCCGAGCCAGCAAGGACGCCAUGAAGCAGCUGCACAGCGAGUCUCAGCGGCUGGUCCGAGAAUCCACCCUGGGGCUUCCUUACCACAUGCCGGAGCCCAAAACCAUCGACCAGUUCUUCAGGAGGAGAGCCCGGCCGGACGGGCCCGCCAUGGCGCUCAUCAAGUCGACGAAGUACUCCAAGAUGUUGCUGGAGACGGCCCCGCCCCCAGUCCCGCCCCCUCCUCCUCCGGCCUCAGACCAACCCUCCCCUCUCACCCCUCCCUCUCUGGAGGCCCCGCCCCUGCUCCAGGCUCCGCCCGCCUCUCCGUCACCGGAGGGCGUGGCUCCGGGUCCGGAUCAGGAUUCUGGCCCCUUGCUCUUCCUCUCGGAGAGUUUAGGGGAAACGCCCUCAGAGGAAGUGAAGUCUGACCCUGCAGAGGAUCCCGUGGCUCCGCCCACUGAUCAGGACCAUGCGGCGGCGGUAUCCCCGGCCUCCGAGGCUCCGAUCGAACCCGCCGAGCCUCAGGUCGACUCGGCGGCGCCUGAGCAGCAGCUCUCCAGGCCGAAGAGGGACCGCCUGUCCCGCCUGACGGAGCUGGGCCUGAAGCCGCCGCCCAUCGCCAGACUGGUCCCUGACGACGGCGCCUUCGUCCAGCUGGAGCCGCCGCCGCUCAACCCCGGCCUGGAGGCUCUGAAGGAGCGCUACCUCCGCCACGUGCACGCCCCCGCGCGCACGCAGGGAGAGCGCACGCUGCAGCUGAGCGUCGUCCGCAAGGAGACGACGGCGUCCGGCCAGGAGGAGCUGCGGGCCGAGUCCGUGAGCGUCACGGUGAAGGACGGCGCCGAGGAGCCCGCCGCCGCCGCCGGCAAGCCAGGAGAGAAGCUGCUGACGCUGAAGCAGCGCCUGCAGCUCGUCAUGGCCCGGCGGCGGCGGGAGGAGCGGGAGCGCAAGGCCGAGCUGAACCGCCUCGACAACGAGGACUGUGGCGAGGAAGAGGAGGAGGAGGAAGACAUGACGGACGAGUCCGAGGAUGAAGAGGGAGUCGACGAGCUUCUGGGAGGAGGCGACGGCGCGGAGGAGGAAGAGGAGGAAGAGGAAGGCAGCGUGGCUCCGAGCGUCAGGAGCGCCUCUCCAGCGGCGCUCUGCGGACCCUCGCCGACCUCUGACCUCAUGAACACGGACGGGACGCUGCUGCUGUUCCCGGGGAACUCCUGCUCUCGCACCGGCGACGGCGUGCGGCGAUCCGGCCCUCCGGGACACGACGGCAGCAACAAGCUGGAGGAGGACGACUCUCUGUCCACGCUGAAGGACAACAGCCACAACAGCAGCUUCGAGCUGGGAGGAUCCAUGAUCACGUCCUACCAGCCGGUGGGGAACCAGCGCUCGGCGGGCCGGGCCGUCCCCAACCCCUCCAUCUUCCGCUCGCCGUCGCCGUGCCUCUUCAGGCCCAGCUUCCUGGGCUCCGCCUCCAAGAGUUCCGGGAAGCUGUCGGAGCCGUCGCUCUGCCUCCCGGUGGAGGACUCCCAGGACCUGUACGCGCCGCCGUCUCCCGGCGCCGACCUGGGCGUGGCGGCGGCGUCCGGCCCCAGCCUGGGCGGUUACUCGCAGGGCCGCUUCUCGCUGGAGGACGACUCGCAGCUGCUGGACGCCGACGGCUUCCUGAACGUGGGGCCGCGGCCCGGCGCCGCCGGCCCCCACAAGAGGCAGCUGCUGCUGGACAGCCUGGACGAGAACGCCAUGGACGCCAACAUGGGCGAGCUGCUGGGCCUGUGCUCGGGCGGCUUCGGGCCGGCCGGCGCCACGCAGGACGAGCUGCUGGGGCUGUGCUCCGGAGCUUUCCCCACGCAGCCCGGCGACCGCCAGGCGGCGAGCGGCGGCGGCGGAGAGGAGGCGGAGGGCGAAGCGUCGGGGGACGCCAUGGAGGAGCUGCUGGGGCUCUGCUCCGGGAAGUUCCCCAGUCCAGCCUCGACACGAACGACUUCUCCUGCUCAGGACAGUAAAAAGAAACCGGUGGAGGAGGAAGAGGAGGAGGAGGAAGAAGACUGUGAGUUCCGGCUUCUGUCGGAUGUGGAAAGUGAUCGGGAGGACGAGGAGGGAGGGAGUGAUGAGGAGGAGGAGGGGGAAGACAACCAGGAAGAGGAGGAGGAAGAUAACCAGGUGGAGGAGGAGGAGAUGCAGGCCGUCUUCGCACCGCGGCAAAUCAAGAAGAAGAAGAAGAAGAAGAUGCGUCUCGCCGACUACCUGGACUCGGAGGCCGAGCUGUCGGGCAGCGACCUGGGGAGCGAGGACGAGGAGGAGGACGGGGGCAGCGAGUACGAGGAGGAGGAGCCGCUGGAGGAGCUGCCGUCCGACGAGGAGCUGCAGGACCAAGUCAACAAGAUCCACAUGAAGCAGGUUCUGGACGACGACAAGCGCCGCCUGCGGCUGUACCAGGAGCGCUACCUCGCUGACGGAGACCUGCACUCCGACGGUCCGGGCCGAGCUCGCCGCUUCCGCUGGAGGAACAUCGACGACGCCUUCGACAUGGACAGGACGGGAGCGGACGGCGAGGAGGAGGAGGAGGAGGAGGAAGUGGACCAGACGGAGAUCCAGCGGCGGAAGGAGCGGCUGGAGAGGGAGCAGUGGCUCCGAGAGCAGUCUGAGCACAGCGCCAAGCGAGGAGCGAACGCCGACCCCGACGACGACGAGAACAUCGGGGACGAGGACAGCCGCUUCAUGAAGCUCGCCAGGAAACUGACGGCCAGGACGCUGCAGAGGAAAGCCGAGCCUCCGGCGGCGCCUCAGCCGGAGAAAAAGACGGCGGCCGCUCUGAAUCCCUUCCUGAGACCCUCGCAGCCGUCACAGGUCCGCAGGGGCUCGCUGCUCAGCCAGCCCCACGCCGUCCUCCAGAAGCUGGCGUCCAUCUCGGAGGGAAACCCGCUGGCGCCCAGGAGCAGCCGGGGCUUCCUGUUCCAGACGCUGUCGCCGGAGAAGGACGGCGCGGCGUCCGGCGGCGCCCGGCAGCAGGUGGUGAAGAAGAGGGCCUCGGUGGACUCGGUGGCUCCGGCAGCGAAGAGGCUCUGCAGUGAGAACAGACCUGCAGCCGGGGUCAAAGGCCCCCAGAGGAGCGUCUUCUUCAGCCUGCUGGACCACUGAGGAGGAGGAGCAUCUUCAUCCUCAUCCUCCUCAGUUUCCUGGACUGGCUGCAGCGUCCAGCUCUCAGAAGCUCAUUCAGCUCUGUGUCUGUGUGGACUCUGCCAUUCUGGACUCUGUGGUUCCGGCCUCGGCGGUUCUGGACUCUGUGGUUCCGGCCUCGGCGGUUCUGGACUCUGUGGUUCCGGCCUCGGCGGUUCUGGACUGUGUGGUUCCGGCCUCGGCGGGUCUGCAUGUUUACACUGCCCGUAAGCGGCAGACUGAAGCGUCCCGCCUCAGACUCUCCUCUCCUGGCCGUCGGUGAACCUCAGUCCGGCUCUAAUCACUGACCUAUCAUGUAAAUAUGAACGGAUGUGUUUUUAACUUUCUGUGGCUCGUGGAUGUUUGGAUCUGUAAAUAAAAGUAUU